AUGCCAUCACACAUCGGUCCAGUGCUAGGACGCAGUUCUUACAUUGUUGACAUUGAUCAUGGUGCGAAACCAUGGGAUCAACUUCGUGAAGAUCUGGACACUUUGCCCUAUCGCUUACGUUACUGGAAUAUAUCGGUGAGCUUACGAAAGAGCGAGUUUGGGAAACGAUCGAUUCCCUAUCGGUCACAUGAGAUUAGUGCGCAAGGUAUCCGGGCGACCCCAAAAGUUGCGAAGGGUGUCAUGGAGCUGCCGUUCCCCAAAUCUCACAAAGGUGUGUUAUCGUUUCUCGGAAGUCUGAAUUAUUACCAUAAGUUCAUUGAGGACUUUCCGGUAGUGGCCGCAGUUCUUUAUGAACUUUCAGAAGACCAGAUACAUCAGGGACGAGAUCUCUCGCGAGCUCAUAAAUAA